AUGCGUGUUCAUACGAGCAUGCGGCAGCUGAAGAAGCGAAUUAAGAAGAAGAAUAAUGCGAGAGUUGAACGAGGAGAUGACGGAUUAAAAUUUUCAGCUGCGGAAAAUUUUAAACGAGCAAAACCACUGCUGCCUCCCCAGUAUAAAAUGCCACCACAGCCCAUAAUGCAACACUACAACGAUUCGCAGCAACUGCCAGGUGCGGCAAUAGAAACCGUUCCACACAAUCUCCGUACACACUCGUCGAAAUUUCCGAUUGAACGCGAACUCAUUUUGUCCAGUGAUAACAAGAAUGCGUCGAAAAUGUCUCUGGCAUCUGGUUUGCAUCAAUUUCUGCCACGAAUGACGGGCAAUAAUGCCGUAACGGCUGUCACAAUGACGCAAGAUAGCCCAGUGAAGCAUCAGAUUCAGGCAUGGAAUCAAAUUAACCAUUCGCCGAUGGAUGCGACGAUGCAACAAAUGGCAAUGGCGCGUCCAACACAGAUGCCCGAAGAUGUGACAGCACUCGUAAACAACGAAAAUUAUAACAGCAAAGAUAACAGAGAUGGAAAGAAUGCCGUUGCGAAAACGUAUCAUACCAUCAAAGAUAUCAUUUCGAGUAAAUUUAAAAAGGAUCAAGUUACAGCCGGAAGUUUGGAUGAGUUGAAUAACGCAACGACGUUUCAGCAGCAAAUUGUGCAGCAACAACGCAUUUCGCCGUAUGCCGUGAAGAAACCACGUCCCGAGGACAUGCAAAUGUACGGCAAUGGUCAACAGCGUCCCAAUACCGACUCACCCAUUUACUUGCAAUCGAAUGCGAUGAGUUCCCAGCAGUAUAUUAACUCACAAAUUCAGGCGCAACGAGCAGCAUCACAGCCACACUUGCAUAUGACGAGUUACGAUCCGGCUGCUUAUCUGCAACAACAACUGCAAAACCAAACGGCGCCGAUGCCAAAUGAGCGUCGCGGCUCAUUGGAUAACAAUAUCGAGGUAACAGACUCCGAUGACGGCGGUUUCAUCAACAAAGGUCAUCAUCGACGAUCGAAUCGCACGCCAGUCGAAAAUUACUUAACUCCAAAUGCUCAAAGCUACUAUGAAAAACAAAAAACUCCGCAAUUUUCGGCUUACAGACAUGGAAUGGUCGAACACGUCAACGAAAAACGUCAUUUGCAAAAUGACCCGCAAAAUGGAAAUGAAAGCGGGAGAGAAUCUCGCAACAAUUUGAUUGAAAGAAAACAAGCAACACCCAUCAACAACACGUCAGACUAUGAAAAAGGCGAACAUUUUAGCUCAAAUGUCGAUUCUGGACGAGAAAGUCUCGCUUAUACGCCUGGAUCACGUGGAAAUACUAACACAGGGCAGCACAAUGGCGAUCAGAACGUCGAUGGAAAUGACUCGGAAUGGGUCGAUGUCAUCGAUUCUGAGCUGAAAAACAUUCUGGAGCCCGGAAUGCAAGAGAUGAGUUUGAACAAAGAGCAAUCAGGAAGGAAUAGUAUGUCUUCAGCAUCACCCCAACUGCCACAUAUCAUGGGACCGCCAAAUAAUAGACCUCAUAAGUCAUCACAUCAAAUGAAUAAAAAUGACAAACAAGAAUACGGUACGGACAGCUAUAACCGCGCUGGGAACGUCUCAAAACCAAUAGCUCCAAGCAAGGGAUUUCCAAGUGCCAGUUUGCAACAAAAGCGCCAAGAUAUGAACGGUAUUCCGAUGAAAAAACAAGUUGAACAGUCACUUUUGAAGCGUCAUCUAUUUGGUCUCGAUGUGGAUAUGACUUCAACUACGACACGUUCAUUUGAUCUCGAGUCACUUUUAGGCAUCGGACAAUCCGUAAGCGAUUCUGAAACGGAUACCAAUGGUCUGCGAAAUAUCAAAUACCAACUCGAGGGUCUCGAGAACAUGUAUUCCGAAGUGCUGAAGAUGCUCAAGUCACGUCGACCUCAAAUGGGGGACAAUUCGUCGCGCGGGAUGUCACGAAGGCGUUACGGAAGUAUCUCGUCGUUACCUUCGAGUUCCGUUAGUGGGCGUCCUAUACGAGAUAAAAAGCGAAUAGAUGAGAGAAGGAAAAUUAGAGAUAUUAAAGGCAUCAACAAGCGCUUCCAGAGAUUAGAAUCACACGUUGUCACAUUAGCACGAAGUGUCGCUCAUUUAUCGUCCGAAAUGAGAUCGCAACACCUCGUAACCCAAGAGAUUGAGAUGCUCAAAAGCGAUAUUGCGGGUCUACGGAACCAAAAUAAUCGAUCGUCAAUGUUCUUCCACAACAAUGGAAACACACAAAUGACUGCAAUGGAUCGUUCGCAACCGCCCGAAGCACCGAACCUAACGAACCCAAAACGUGUCAAAAAACUAACGAAAUUUUUCGGUGAUGAUCCGCCACUACUGCGUUUAUUCCUGCGAAAACUAGGAUACGAGAAAUACGCUCAACUAUUUGAACAAGAAAAAGUUGGAAUGAUUGAAUUACCGUAUCUAAGUGAGGAACGACUACAGAAAAUGGGCGUACCGCUAGGUCCUCGACUACGUAUUCUGCAAGAAGCUCAAAUCUCGUUAUGCAAGGACACAACUUUGUGUAUACUUUAGACACCGGCAACGGCUAUAGUGAUAAACUUUUUUUUUUGUAUUUAUUUAGUACUUUUGUAUUCUCAUUUGAUUUACGAAUUCGGCUAAAAAAUGAAUUUAAACAGAAAAAUUGCCGUAUUUCGUGGUACUUAGCCUUCCUUACUUUUA